AUGCUGGAGCAUUACGACCUUCUCAACACGCUUGCCGAUAUCACAGAAUUGCCAGAAGGAGGAUUGCCAGAGCAAACUGGUGUCGGGCGGUUCCUUAAACGCAAGAUUUCUUUCGGUGAACGGAUGGUGUAUAGCAACGAACCGGUGCGGAAAAUGGCAGUUGUCCGUGGUAGUUAG